AUGAAUAUAGCAAGUUUUUCAGAAAUUGAAUCAUAUGAUUUUACUACUCCAGAAGAUAAACCUAAUGAAUCUGAAGAAAGAGAAUGGGAGUUUACUGAUGAUAAGAAUAAUAAACAUAAUGACAAUGAGUCUUUAUCUGAUGAAGAUAGUGAAUACGAGUAUAAUUAUGAAAUUGUAAUUAAGUUAGCCAAUG